AUGGCCCGCUGUGUUUCCUUUUUGCAGUGCGGGAACUACCCUUUGGACCCUGGCUACCCGCUCGUGCAGCAGCAGCAGCAGCAGCAGCGAACGCUCAUCUAUUCCCCCAUUCCAUCUUUCAGGUUCUCCCCUCCAUCCCCUCUACUACAAUAUACUGUACCCAUCCAGUGCCAUCCCCUCUUCCCCCAUCGAAACCCAGCUGCCAUUCUCACACCCCCUGAACCUCUUCUUCUUCUUCAGCCUCCUCCCAUCACGCUCCCAAGCUCCCCACCUUCACCUAGGUACCUCCCCUCCCCUCCCCUUCCCAAGAGCAUCUACAUAGCUAUGGAGAUGAUCUCGCCCAUCACCUUUUCCUUUGUGGGAACCCAUUCAGGCAUGGUCGAUUCCGAUCUCCAUCGCUUCCUGUUCGCAGACAACAGCCAGCAGCCACCGCUGUGGAGACACGGCCACCACCCUUCCCUUCACCACCACACCACCUCUUACACCACCAUGAACCAUCACACCCCCAGCUUAACAUACUUACAUAUGUUGGCGGCCUGCCAUGCCCUCUCCAAGUUCCCUGGUGGAGGGACGGGAUAUAUGCAUGCCUUCAUCCAGGCCUACCGAGGGGACAAGAGGGGCAAUCAAGACGAUGUCACCCUUUCUUCCAAUACGUCCAAAACACAUCGUCAUCCAUUCACGUCUGUGUCUCUCUUCCCCUUCCAAGAGCUCCCAUCUACCUUUUGCUACAACCAUCAGACGCCGAAAGGGCCCCUAAUGUUUCCUUCUUCAUACGUCGCCUACCUCGUCUUACGGGCGGCCAUGCGUAACCCAGUGGCGGGCUUUUUGGGACAGACAGCCUCGGGGGCGUUCAUCAACUCUCACAGAUACACGGUAACCGUACCAGUCGGAAGGGCAAUUCGCGGUGCAAUCGACACAGCGGUACCAUCGGCACUUGAACAUCACGUCGCUUCUCUCGACACGCGAGAACCGCCAUUGGCCCCCGUACGCUUCACCUUGGCCACUCCGUGGCGCAACAUGUUUCUUUCAACGAUUCCCGGUUUGGCCCAGCCCGUGACAGUCGCUUUUUUAGCUCCCGCCUCCGCACAGAUGUCUUAUUCAGACGACGAGCCGAACCUAGGGAGGUUGUUUGCUCUUGCUUUCAUGCGCCUGACUCGUACACGCAAUACGCUGCGAAUGCGACGGGGCGUGGCCCUUGGUGUGGCUCUCGAGCCCCCUUGGACGUCAACCUCAAUGUCUGCUGAUGCCCAGCAACUUGAUGCUGGAAGCACCAAGGCACUGCAGAAGAAUAAGCUGCUUCGGCCAAGGUUUUUCAGGGAAGAAGCCCCGAGUACCACAAUCCUGGCCUCCCGGCCGAAACGAUGUUUCUCUAUUGUCAUGACUUGGGAAAACUCUCAUGGCCGAGCCGCUACAGACUCGAUAAGCCCAGAUUGGGUUUCUUCCUCAAUUGGCCUGGCUCCGACAAUUCUUCCUUUUGGACCGAUGGAAGAUGGAAGAACAAUGGACAGAGAGGUGAACGGCCCAGCCUUCUGCAGCCGACGUCUCAUCUCUGGUUCCUGCUGGUCAAGCAAAACCGUUUUCUCACUCACAUCCUGGUGCGUUCCCGCGCCUGGCCAAGAGUUCUCGGACGCCUGCAGAAGCCAGCCUGGCCCAUGCCAUGCCAUGCCGCCCCCAUCCCCUCCCCUUCCUUUCAUGAUUCUCCCCCGGCCGUUCCCGCCGUGGCCUCGCGAGCGAUGCGUGCGUGCGUGCAAGUGUGCGUGCGCUCUCCCCUCCCCCUUGGCCGCCUGGGCCACGGAACCGGGGCGGCCGAUCCAAGCAGGGCAACCUGACCUGACAUGGCGUGGCAAAAGCGGCCAGAGGCUGGUUAGAGUCCCUGUAACCGUAGCCCUUUUCUUCAUUCUUUCUAAGCAAAAGCUUUUACAAUCCCGGUCUUCGCGCCGCUCUGAUCCCUCGAUCAAUCGGUUUUCUGUUACGGAUUUUAUUCCCGGCGGCACACAUACACACACCCCUCCCACGAGUUGGAUUCUUUUUUUCGAGGAGAAGGGAAAACGUCAAACCAAGCACAAGGGGGCGUGUCUACGAAACAGAGACUCGGGAACGACGCCGUGCGACCAUGCUCGUCGGGGAAGACAAGAGACGGCGCCGACGACGACAGAGGAUCACACGGGGGAGUCGGGUAGCUUUGGACCCAGCGGGAUUGCUUUCUUAUCUAGUACAGCGAUGCUUGAGUACGAGAGAUUCGGCUCGGCGGCUUAUCGUAUCUCUUUUUCACAAUACCCAUCCGUCGGUCGACAGAAGGGAGAACGCGGCGCGCCAUGUCCCGCGUCGACUAGCACAAAGAUUUUGCUUCCCGAUGAGGCUGUCGGCGAGGACAAGACAGCCCUCCUUAAAUUAAUGCUGCUGUCGAGAGGUGCGGACCACGAUAUUGAUCUUGGGGUGCACGGCAUGAUGCGUCGUUCGGAACCGAAAGUCUGCGGUAAACUGACCUAUGGCCCCCCCGGUUACCUGACCUGA